AAAUCAGCAGCUUCAAGAAGUCAACAGUUUUUAAGAUUUUACGGAAAUAUGUCUGGAGGUUUAGCUCUCAAGGAAGUUGUUACCAGCUUGGAACAAUUUGCCCCCUUAUCCUAUGCCGAGAAAUGGGAUAACGUGGGUUUGCUGUUGGAACCAUAUGAUCAGACACCCGUGGAGAAGAUUCUACUCACGAAUGAUUUAACGGAGGCUGUUAUGCGGGAAGCCAUCGACAAGAAAGUCAAUAUGAUUCUAUCGUAUCAUCCACCAAUAUUUGCUGCACUCAAGAGGAUAACCCAGAAAGAUUGGAAACAACGUAUUGUAACGAUGUGCUUUGCCAACUCCAUUGCUAUGUAUUCACCCCACACAGCCUGGGAUGCUACGUUGGGUGGUGUAAAUGAUUGGCUUGCAAGUGCAUUGCCAGUGAAGGAUGUCAAACCCAUACAGGUAUUUAUUAAAAAACAAUGA